AUGCGCAUGCAGAGCGCCAUCUUGAAAACGCCCUCAAAACUGAUGGUUGAUCAUGUUGCUAUCGAGGCUGCACCAGAAAGCUACAAGAAGGACACAUCUUUUACCAUAAGUGAAGUCAGUAUAGUGAGAGAGGGUUGGCUUCACAAAAGAGGUGAAUACAUCAAAACAUGGAGGCCCAGGUAUUUUACCUUAAAGAGUGAUGGCUCUUUCAUUGGUUACAAAGAGAAGCCAGAUUUAAAUAACCAGACUCCUCCACCGCUCACCACCUUCUCAGUGGCAGAGUGUCAGUUAAUGAAGACCGAACAGCCCAACACGUUUAUCAUGCGUUGUCUGCAGCGCACCGCUGCGACAGAACGUAUGUUUCAUGUAGAAAGCAGCGAAGAGAGAGAGGAGUGGAUGCAGGCGAUCCAGUCUGUAGCGGACAGUCUGAAAAUGCAGAAACAGGAGGAAGAGGAACCAAUGGAUGUGUUCGGCUCACCGAGCCAAAGCAGCACGGAGGAGAUGGAGGUGGCGAUGGCCAAGAGCUGCACCAAAGUGACACUGAAAUAUGCCUUCCAAACUCCUGACCGGCUCUGUUUUGUAUUGGAAUAUGCCAGUGGAGGCGAGCUCUUCUUCCACCUCUCACGUGAACUAGUGUUCACAGAAGACCGGGCGCGCUUCUAUGGGGCUGAGAUUGUGUCAGCACUCGAGUACCUCCACUCACGUGAUGUUGUUUAUUGUGAUCUGAAGCUGGAGAAUCUGAUGCUGGACAAAGACGGACACAUUCAAAUAACUGAUUUUGUCCUUUGCAAAGAGGGCAUUACUGCAGGUACAACGAUGAAAACCUUUUGUGGAACUCCUGAGUAUCUGGCUCCUGAGGUACAUCAAAGUCCUAGAAGAAACGGCUAUGGCCAGGCGGUGGAUUGGUGGGCUUUGGGUGUAGUGAUGUAUGAGAUGAUGUGCGGCUUUUUGCCUUUCUAUAACCAAGACCAUGAGCGUUUGUUUGAGUUGAUCCUCACGAAGGAGGUCCGCUUCCCCCAGCCCCUGUCACCCAAGGCCCAGUCCCUGCUGGCUGGCCUGCUCAAGAAGGACCCCAAGCAGAGGUUAGGAGGAAGUCCCAAUGAUGCCAAAGAAAUAAUGAGUCACAAAUUCUUCAUGACCAUCAGCUGGCAGGAUGUGGAGCAGAGGAAGCUGACCCCACUCUUCAAACCGCAAGUGACGUCAGAGACAGACACCCGCUACUUUGAAGAGGAGUUCACAGCCCAAACGGUCACACUCACUCCCCCAGAUAAGAAUAACCGUCUGGACUGUGAGGACCCCAGCCACGAAGCAUGUUUCUCCCAGUUCUCCUAUUCUGCUAGCAUAAAGGAGUGAUAGCUGACUGGAGCUUCUGGUGGUGGAUCUGUAUCCACCAGCUGAACUUCAUCAGCCAGUCUCCGGUCUACAGAAAGGGGCACCA